CUCUCGCUGGGCCGGUACAUUCCGUUCGCUGCGUUCAGACGAACUAAUCCCCUAGCCUGCGCUUGUAUCCGAUCGGUUGCAUACGUGAAGGAUAGUCGGUCCAUCCUGAAAGCGGUCGUCAUUCCGUUCUGCUCCAGCGCUUGCCGGCACAUUCCGUCGCUGUGUUCAUAAGACGCAAUCCAUUAGCCCUGGGCUCGCAUUCGAUCGGGUCCGUGCUUGUAGAAGUAAAAUCCGUCCAAAGUCCAAGCGCCGUUCAUAGUUCAUCCCGCCCAGCGCUUGCCGGCAUUUGCAUUUGCGAUACACCCUAAGAGGAAGCCAUGUCAGCAUUUGAUUUUUAUCCACCAGGCACCGGCGAUGCCAAAUUCAUGUCGCUAAACGGUCUUCCCAACCUCAUCGGAUGCCCGAAUCCGCAAACUCUGAUGUACGGCCAGCAGCCGGCACAAUCCAUGCUGUAUCCGCCACCGGCGCUGUACACAAACUAUCCUUGGACCCACCAUACGUUGCAGCCGCCAGUCCUGACGUUCUUCCCCACAUCGGCACCGACAUCCGCUCCAUCCCCAUGGCCCGAAGCGCCGAGUGAUGUCGAAAUCGAACAGUUGCUAAUAUCGUCGCCCCCGCCCCCGCCAGUCAAUCCGGCGCAAGGUCUCCCGGAGUCAUACGUGAGGGAUAAGUUACGCAGUCUUGGAACGCAGCUAUGGGGCGAUGUAUCGUCCUGCGAUUGCUGGGUAUUCGUCGAAACCCGCCGAUCGAGCCAUGAUGCCGGUCCCAGUGCCUCGGCAAAUAGACCUCCGACGAAGAAGCCGACACACUUUUCGAUGACAGCUGAUGGCCUGAACCCGCCGAUGCCGCGACCGAAAAAGCCGGCUGAAGAUUUCGUCAGCGUUCAUGGGAAGUUGUAUCGGGUGGUGCCGUCUGCACAGAGGAAAGUGGAAGAAGAGCAGCAGCGGCAGAUGCGCCCAUUGACGUUGCCGACUAUCUUGCCCGUGCAUUCGAUCUUCUUGACGACGUUCUCGCCGGUUCUAGGGAAGCUUGUUCACGAUGAGCAAAGGGCCAAGCAGGCGAAGUCACUACCGGCACCUACCAGUGGCAUGUAUCAGCAGUCAGUGCCAACAUCAGGUUACGCCGUGACAGAGGACGGCUUUCAGCCACCCCACACGAUAACCGUGCAGCCGCCCAGCCCGGAUGCAUUUGCGAUCCUGCUUCAUUGGAUAUAUACGGGCAACGUGGAUGCCAUGCAGGCGUUCCUAACGAACAGCGAGGGUGCUGUGCUGGCUGUGUUGGCGAAUAUGGAGUGGAUCGGGUUGAGAGACUCGGAGCUUGCUGCACUGUGUGAGAGUGUGCAGAGGAGCAUGGAACUUGAAUUGUGAGGGGGUCGGGGGUUGCUGUGCGGGAAGCGGUGCUAUGGCAGCGAGUGACAGUAUUUCGGCAAGGGUCCAAGGGACGCGCAAGGCACUUAUUGCAAGCGGAACUCAAGGGACCGAGAUGCAACAAGCAACAAGCAACAAAGCACAAACGACAAUGUUCUUCACCAUAACCAUAAGUCCUCUUCGUUUACGACUUACUACGCUAGUAAGGGACAUAGACUUGGAGGUGAAUAAGUCUGUACCGGUCGCGGAUCGACCGGCAAUCAAAGAAGGAAGUCCGGUUCAUG